AUGUCUCUCCCAACAGCGCCCCUGGGCAAGAAUGGACCCCAGGUCAACCGCCUGGGUUUCGGCCUCAUGGGUCUCUCCAUUUUCUACGGCAAGCCAAAGCCCGACCCUGAGCGUCUCGCCCUCCUCGACGCUGCGUACGAAAUGGGCGAGCGGUUCUGGGACAGCGCAGAUAUGUACGGCGACUCUGAGGACCUGCUAGGGAAAUGGUUCAAGGCCAACCCCGAAAAGCGCGAGCACAUCUUCCUCGCUACAAAGUUCGCGAACAGGAAGAUGGACGAUGGCACCUACCAGACCGAUUCAACGCCAGAAUACGCCAAGAAAGCUUGCAACAAGAGUCUAGAGAGGCUGGGUCUGCCGAGCGUGGAUCUGUACUAUGUGCACCGUCUGGAUCGAAAGACGCCUAUUGAGAAGACGGUCCAGGCUUUGGUGGAGCUGAAGAAUGAGGGCAAGAUAAAAUAUCUUGGACUUAGCGAAUGCAGCUCUGAGUCCCUGCGCCGGGCACAUGCUGUUCACCCUAUCACGGCUGUGCAGGUCGAAUACCACCCCAUGGCAUUGGAAAUUGAGUCAGAGCAGAUCGAUCUGCUGCGCACGGCGCGCGAGCUUGGUGUUGCCGUGGUAGCAUACUCCCCUCUUAGCCGUGGCAUGUUUACAGGCGCAUACAAAUCACCUGAUGAUUUUGAGGAAGGUGACUUCCGAAAGCAUGCUCCGCGCUUCUCCAAGGAGAACUUCCCGAAGAACUUGAAGAUCGUGGACCAAUUUACUGCGCUUGCGAAGAAGAAGGGUAUUGCGACUGGGCAGCUGGUGCUCGCUUGGCUGCUUGCGCAAGGUGAAGACAUCUUCCCUAUUCCAGGUACGCAGAGGCUUGACAGAUUAAAGGAGAAUGUGGGUUCAUUGGAGGUCAAAUUGAGCAAAGAGGAAGUGGAUGAACUGCGCAAGGUGAUAGACGCUGCGGAGAUUGGGGGCACAAGAUACGCCGAGUUCAUGAUGCCUUCUACAUAUGCAGAUACACCGGCUUUGUAG